ACGCUUCCUCCGUGACCUAUAAAGUGAAAAUUGGCCAGAUACUUCCGCUUUACCUCGAGAGAUGAUUCGUCGUUAGUUGCCCUCUAAGUAGGUCAGCGACUCUAGGAUUAGGAGUCAUAUCCGUGUGAGUAGGUCUCAGAACAGUGUAGCUUUGUAAAUUGUAGCGCUGAACUGUUCCAAACUGUGUAUCACCGAGAUGAAAGAGUUUAAAGAAAGGCUAGCAGCCAAAGCAAUUAUGGUGUGUUCGUUAUACUGUGUCAUCGCUACGGCAGAUUACGAUAAGGUUACUUUGAAAUGUCAAGAAGAUCACAUGUCUGUUGACGUUGAAACAAGUGAGAAUUUUUCUGGAAUUCUGUACACCAGAGGAAGCUUCCGCAAAGCCGAAUGUUCAUAUGAUGCUCACACUGGCAGGAAUUUUCAGUUAAACAUUCCUUUGAAAGGAUGCAACACUAAAUCUGAGAAUGCCCUCUACACUAACGUUUUAGUACUACAGCAUGACGAUGACCUGAUUAUUAAGGGUGACGCAGCCUUUAAGCUAGUGUGUGAUUAUAGUCCUAAAGUUUUUACAAUUAGAAACGACAAUGAGAUGGUUUUUACAACGAAUUCCACUUUUACUGAAGCCAUCAACAAUGAUCCAUCAUUCACUGUCAGCGCCACUAUUACUCUGGUAGACCCGGACCCAUCUGCAAAAUCCAUUCUUAAGCAUAAGAAAGCAAGCGUCAGUAACACCACAAAUAUUGUUGUACUAACACAUAAAAGAGAAAAACCUUUUGUUAAAAAAAUCUAGACUAUAGUAGGGUUGUAUCAUCUAUACAACCUUCGGCUUCAAAUUCAUUUCGACAAUAUUGUUUUGUUUUUGAAUCCAGCAGCGCUAUUCUUAGCUUUAUAUCUUGCUUAGCUUUCAAUUGUUUGAACCUCGAGUUCAAAUUCAGAAUUACGAAUAAUGCGAAAGUCUGACUGGAUCACAUCAAACACGCGAGUCAAAAUAUUAUUAAUAUAGUCAU